AAUGUCUCGUCAAAGUGUUAAAAUGAGUGAAAAUGCAGAUAACGAUGGCAUGGACAGAUCCGGCAAACAAAGCGAAAUGCCAAUUGGACAACACCUGACGAACGAACAGACUAAUGCAUUAGAUGUCCCGCACGCGAGAAAGAAAAAAAAUGCGGACGUUCAACAGAAGCCUAAAACAACUGGAGCCGUGAGUGAGCAAGGUAAUAGCAGGAUAGGAAACCAAGAUGUUGGAAUUACUAUGCCUAGCAAGCGCUACCAAAACACCCGACGCGGAAAUCAAACGCACAAAGUCUGUUCAUCCGGAGCUUCAUUACCAUCUACAGUGAUGACGGCCGUUAGUUCGCAUGGAUUGGCCUCGUACGAGACACUGCUCGCUAACCUGCCUGAAGAUAUGCGCAUCUCGAAGCUGCUACGUCGGUUAGCGGCCGAGGAGAGUCUGUGUGGUUGUCGAGAGCUGUGUGAUAAGCUGGAGGUGGUGAUAGUGGACAACGCAAACAGUGCAUAUGUGCGAAAAUCUUUCGAGCUACUUGCUAACACUAUUUUCUCUGUGCUACAAACCUGUCCAAGCGAAUGCCAAGACCGUGUUGCCUCUAUUUUUGGUUUGAUGCUAUUUGUUGUACUGCGCGAUUCAACCAACGGUACAACGUUAAGCGAUUGGAGCAAGCGCUACAUGUGUAAAUCAAAGCGCCAUCGGCAAGCGAGCCUAGUAGCGUUGCGGCAGGCAGUGCGAUUGGACCGUACACAGUCACAGUUGGGUGGCAGCGUUGAACAACUGAUUCUCCUGUUACAAGAGUUGCUCGAAUUACCUGAUAUCGGCGUGGAUAUGUUUAUACUAAUAGCCGACAUUAUGAUAGAGUUGGCAAUCAACUAUUCAGAACAGUUCGAGUCGCACUUUAGCGAUGUUGUUGACAUAGUGGUCGGUUGGCUGCUGGAAAACAACCAGAAAACAGUGAUAAAACUACAUUGCGUACGGGUUCUGCUUGCGUUUCAACCCAUCUGGAGUCAGCAGCGUGAGGUAACACUCAGCUUGAUCGAACAGUUUUUAGAGGAUAUCGGAAGCUGCUGCGAUGAAAUUGAGUUGAAUAACCUAGAAGAGCUUUACACAACGAAUCGAGUUUUCGGAGCGUUACUAACCGCAUUUAACAGUGUGCUAAAAUGUCUGCAUUUUGCCGAUGGACCCAGUGUUAGUGACAAGUACAGCGUCGACGAUCCGUGGGCGCAUUUCGAAGAUCACUGUUCAAUCGUUUUCCCGGUUGCGGAGAAGAUUCUUGAGUCGGGUCCGCCAUCUCAUCUAGAACUCGAUGCUAUCUGUGAGUUUACAAUGUUGGUGUUGGCGGUAACUGGGACCACCGCAGUAAUGGAGGAAGACAGUAGACAGUCGCCUGCAACGUCAAUAUACUAUGUUCUAGAGCUGCUGUUGCGUCACCUUGACGCGUACAGUGACCAACAGCUGUCUUGUGUGAUAUAUCUGUUGAUACAGAUCGUUGAAUCGUUCGUCGUCGACCAGAGCAAACGACAGCCGAGUAUACAGUCGUUGGUGGAGUCUAUGUUCGACCCGACUGGGGCUUUCUAUCGCAUUCGAUAUCGACGCAAUGAAACGGUGCGUCGCGGCCUGCUCGUGCUCUAUCAUAAGAUUCUAAUGAUCAAGAAUGGCAUGAUUUUGCAAUGUGUCUACCGAUCUUUGUUGGCCGAUCUGAACGACGCGGUGGGAUGUUUGCGUCAGGCGCUACUGAAUACUAACCUUCCGCAGUAUCACAUCAGUUUAAACCUGCUUAUUUUGUCACCGUUAGCUAUGACUCGCAAUUCAGUAUUCAUCACGUGGACCCUUGCAGCACAACCAGUGCUGUGCGUGUUGCUCGAGCUGCUGGAACCGCUCAAUAUGCAGCUAUGGGCUGGCUACGGUGAGCUACGGUAUGCAAUCGUGCUGCUUGCCUACCAGCACGCCAACGCAAGUAAUCACUUCAUUGUGAACAGCAACCUACUUUUAGCGACCUUAUACCGUGGAAACACCAUAGCCGAUCGAUUGGGUGAUAGUCCAAGUCCAACAGCAGAACAUUUCCACCUGAUUUUGCGCUUUCUGCGUGCCUUUAUAGCACAACACACCGAUGACUGGUUACGAACUCAUCCCCUGCCCGAGGAGCACGUUGAGCGAUUACUGAUGUUGACACUUGACUGGUGCGCAGAGAUUUUUAAGCAAACCGAGCGUUACUACGAUGUGCUGGAGGGCUGUGGUGAAUUUGGACGGCUACUGGUGCAGGUGUGCGUGCUCAGCGUCGGUUGGGGUACUCUAAGUGCGCCAAUCGGGCUGCGGUGUGCCGAUUGCCUUGAUCUUGUUUGCCGGUACGUAUCCCUACCGUCUGCUGUGUAUCAGGCGAUUGCGGAAGCGUGCUGUGUGCAGAUGUGUUCGGUGUAUAAUGAGCUGCGCACACGCUACACAGUCGUAUUUUCGAAACUCCCGCUGUGCCAUUCGCUACGUCAGGUUAACAAUGUUACUGGGAUCAACAGACAGCGACGCGAAGAAAUCCACGAGCUGAAGAGUGUCUACCUGGGUACUAACAUGUUGCCGACAGCGGUACUGCGGAUGGGCGACUUUAGCCAACUUCUUAAUCAAAUCGCGUUCACUUGGGACGGUGCGUAUUGCGCUGAUUUUUUGCACGAGCUGCUCACCAAGUCGUACGGCGAACAGUCGUCGUACGAAGCUAUGGCUGUGCGUGAUCUGCGUUGCUUGAUACCAUGGGCCCAAUGGGAGGCGGCACAGCUAUGUGUGAACAGUAAGCUACGCUCUCCGUUUGGGAAACCACAGGAAACGUUCUUACGCAUAGAGUCGAUUGUGAAGCAGAACGCACGAAUUCUUGCACUUACUGACCACUUUGAGGUGCGGGGCGUCAAAACAUCAGCCGCCAAUCAGCGUCAUGCCCGCAUUUUGCUCGGAUUUCUUGAGGCUCUUGAAAAAGCGAUUUACAACGCGUCGUCCGGAACUGCUUUCGCAUUGCCGGACCCAGAGAAACCAGUUCGAAUAUUUUUCCGCACGAACGCUUCGACGUGCGGCGAGUGGUUCAAUCGUAUCAGGACGGCAGUCGAUCUGGUGGCGCUUCACUGUAUGGAACCGGAGAUGGUGAUUCGAUACUCGGAAGCUGUGCUGCGCGAGCUGGUGACCGCCAACAAGAUCAGCGAUGGGAUCUUUGAACACACGCUCAUGUCAUUAGUAUGGGCAUUGCUGCGUAACUGGGAAUCGGACGCUCUCUACGGAGUGUACGUGUGGAGCCGCCAGCUUAAAGGACGAAAGUAUUCGUGGAUCCGGAUGGCAGCAGAGGAAGCUGCUGGUCACCGUGAAACGGCGGCAAACGGAUUUCGAGCGAUUCUGAACGACCCGGCCAGCGAUGGUAUGGACCGGUACAUACGAGACUUUAUUGUCGACCAGACUAUCUUGUCGAUGUUGUUUACCGGUUGCUACCAAGAAUUAUAUGAGUUCCUGCUAUCUGAAGAACGACGAGGAGUACCGCGUGCCACAAUCCCGUUGAUAACGGUCACGGCUGAGCAAAUCUUGUCGAUUGUGCGUUACGAGGAAACUUUAGACGCGAACGUCAUCGAUCUAAGCCAAUGGGAACUAGUGGAACUAGGUACCGACAUACCGAAUGAUUUCUCUUGCCACAAGACCAUCUGUGCCGUGGAAAACACCUUGUCCGGUAUCAUCCUAAAUUGCCAGCUUGACGAACGUGAACGGAUGCUGGAGGCGUGCACUGAGCUGGUCCAAUGUUACCUUCAGGAAUGUAUGUUGACCAAGUGUCGUGAGUAUUUGUUUCAGAUAACGAUAACUAAUCACAUUCUGGACAAGAUUGCGCGCCGUUGUAGUAGCGGUGACGAAGGUUCGGUCAUAAGGAAGCCGUCAGAAACCACUAGUAACGACAGAGGGCUGAGAAGCCAUGCAGAAGCAGACGUAGACGACCUCGGAACACUAACUGUGGAAAAAUUUUAUGGCACAUUCACACUGAUGAGGUUAUUGUCAUGGUCCGAGUUUCUAGUCGCAAAUGCAGCACCGCAGGGACCUGAGGGAGUUGGGGUGUACCAACAGCAAAACAUCGAUCUGCGCCUGGACAUGGUAUCUAUGGGAAGAAAGGAGAGGAACUAUGCACUUUGUCGACGCGAACUCGAGAAGUACUACCAUAAAGCGAACGUGGCACAGCGUCUGGGGCUUAAGAUACAUCGCCCCACUAUGGAAGAAAUAGCUGGUGCCCUGAUAGAGGUCGUCACAUCGAACAGCAAGCCACCGCUCCUGGAACUGUGGGAUGAGAACUUAUCCCGCGCUGUUUACGAACACUGUAAGUGGCUUUACUGUCAGUCGGGCAAGCGUUACGAGGGGAUCGAAUUUGCCGCGUAUGCAGCCGCCGGCAUAUACAGAUUAAUAAUGAGCGGCCAGGCUUCGAAGGGUUUGGCAGAACGAGAAGCACGGUUUUUACUUAUGAUCGGUGGAUGGCUAACUAGUUCGGCUGAUGAUGUCGCUGUGAAGAUACCGGCCGUGCAAGAGCUGGCUGCUUUGUUAAGUCCAGUUGCAGCAAAACUACCUUUCAGCAAGCAACGGCGCAGAACCACUCUUUUCGGACCAUGCGAUUUGUUAGUGGGUUCACUACUACAAGAGGCCACACAAUGUUUUCCUGAUCUAGCGAAAGUCUGGUUCCAGUUUGGUUCAUGGUUGUACCGGUGGGGUAAACGAAUCGUUGAAUUUGAUGGUAACGGUAGAUUCGAUGGAAGCCAAACUAUCAGUAUCGAGGAAGUGGAAGCAAUCCUACUACCAGGAAUUAGUUCAAUUGAUUGCGCUCUCAUUGUAGCUGUCCUAAAUGAACAUGAAGUAGUGGUAGAAAAAGAUAAUGGAGUAAAAGACGAAGAGGAUGGGGAGUUCGACUUGGAUCUGUCAUCGAUUGGUUCAGUCGGACUACUGCAGGUUCUUACCAAAGCGGUUCCUGCGCUUUGCAGCCUGCCGGCCAACUUACUGGACGCUCUCGUUGAUGUGUGGUGCCGCAACCAUCGGGCUAUCUACGGUUACUAUGAGGCAGCAGCGGAAGCCUACUUCCGGUUUUUGAUGCUUUCUUCAUCGACCACUAGCGCGCCUGAUGGACGUUGCAAAACAGCUGUCAAUGAGAAAAACGCGGCCAUCGACAGUGAACGUGCCUCAUCAGUGACUGUUACGCUGCGCCUGUUGCGGCUAAUUGUGAAGCACGCGCUUGGUUUAAAAGAGGUACUGGAGGAGGGAUUAGCGAUGACGCCCAGCGAACCGUGGCGUGUAAUUGCACCGCAGCUCUUCUCUCGGCUCGCACAUCACGAACCGUACGUACGCAAACGCGUUUCGGAAUUGUUGUGCCGCGUGGCGAAGGAUGCGCCACAUUUGAUCAUUUUUCCUGCUGUAGUUGGCUCGGUACGAGAAGACAAUCAGGUUGUCAGCUUGCUACUCGACGAUGUGGACGAGCUAACGGGUGACCGACCACAGUCCGUCGCACCAACCGACUCCGGCACGGGCUCUACCGGAAGUUUAGCGUUCUGUUUCAACGCUCUGCUUGACAUUCUCUCGCGUGAAGUGCCAGAUACAGUGCGCCAAGUGCAAACGCUGGUCUACGAGUUACGGCGAAUCUCAUUACUAUGGGAGGAACUAUGGCUUGUAUCGCUGGAACAGAUCUAUGUCGAAUAUACAAAAAGGUUGGCUGCCUUCGAGUCCGAGUGCCAACGCUUGCGGGACGCCGGAAAGCUUGAAUCGCGGCGUCAAUUGCUUGUCGAGAAGCAACGGCUCUUGCUUCGCCCACUUGUUUUUUUGCUUGAGCAACUACAUGCCAUUACGUCGCGCUCCGCAGAAACCAACCACGAACGUCACUUUCAGGAGCGCUAUCAACGCUACAUAAACAACAUGAUCGAGAAAUUGAAGGAACCGGUAGGUGAUUUUGGACGACCGAUAGAGGGUUGGACUCGGUUCCGAUCCCUGUAUAGUCUGCUACAGCAGCGUAGUCAACGACGGUACGCCUGUCAUCUACGCCUUAUUGACGUCAGCCCGAAGUUGCAGCAGUUGUCCAAUACCGCAAUUGCGAUGCCUGGCAUCGGUCGCGAAAGGGGAGCGGUUGGCAAUGGUAGACCGGGUUCGGGAAAUGAGCAACCUAUAUUAAUCCGUUCGGUCGAUAGCAACAUUCAGAUUUUGCCAACGAAAACCCGACCGAAGAAAAUGAUUUUUAAUGGGAAUGAUGGACGCCGCUUUGGUUACCUCUCGAAAGGACUCGAAGACUUGCAUCUAGACGAACGCAUCAUGCAGUUCUUGUCAAUUGCCAAUCUAAUGAUGAAGAAGUCUAUCGAUUGCAAUGGCAAUGUGACACACUACCGCGCUGAACACUAUUCAGUAAUACCGCUCGGCCCUCGUUCUGGCUUGAUUACCUGGGUUGACGACACGGUACCAAUCUACACGCUGUACAAACGAUGGCAGCAACGGGAAGCACUUCAGAAGCGCGAGGCACGAGAUGGUUACGAAGGACGCAAAAGCCGGGAAGGGCGAGACGGGCGCGUUGUACUACGACCAUCCGAGCUAUUCUACCAGAAGCUUACUCCCCUACUCAAUGCCCACGGUUUGAAGACAUCCGACAGUCGCAAAGAGUGGCCGAUGGCUCUCUUGAAGCGAGUACUUGCGGAACUGCAACAGGAAACACCGCGUGACUUGCUAGCGAAGGAGCUAUGGUGCCACAGCGCAACUGCAUCUAGCUGGCGACAGGUUGUUCGUUGCUACUCGCUGUCGGUGGCAGUAAUGAGUGUGAUCGGGUAUAUCAUCGGGCUAGGUGAUCGCCAUUUGGACAAUAUGCUAGUCAAGCUGGCCACCGGUGAGAUCGUGCAUAUCGAUUACAAUGUGUGUUUCGAAAAGGGUCACACGCUGCGCGUCCCCGAGCGGGUUCCGUUUCGCAUGACGCAGAACUUAGAAGAAGCGCUCGGCAUCACCGGUAUCGAGGGAACGUUCCGGUUAGCCAGUGAAUACGUGCUGAAGUCAUUGAAGAGAGGUCGUGAAACGCUUCUCACACUACUGGAGGCAUUCGUCUAUGAUCCACUGUUCGAUUGGGCGAUCACCGAAGAGGCAGGCGGUGGACCGAUGCCGACCGCCACCGAAAUCACCGUUUCAACCAUGUCAACGGCUCUGUCGUCUGGUGGCGACGGCUCAGCCACUCUAGCUAAAGGUGGCACCACAGGGUCCAAAUUCAUAGGAAGGGCGAAACGGCAGUUGGAGCGCGAGGUCACACGGGAUACACUCGCCAUCCGAUUUGCCGAGUGCCGCGUUGACUGGCAGCAGAACAGGGACGAACUGUUGCAGCAGGUGACAAGAAUGCAGCAUCUGCUGAAGGAGUUGGUCAGCGUGCGGGGAGAGCUUCGUGAAUUGGACCAGAAACGCGUUCUCCUCUCCCAGCAAAUGCAGCUUGUAAGUGAGGCUCAGUAUCUGGACGCUUUCGGCAGCCACCCAUUGGCGAGUCUCGCCCAGCGCUUGGCCAUGCGGGCAAAGGUGCAGGACGAGCGUUCCGCGUUACUGAAUCAGAUGCAGGACGCAAUGGCCGAGCACCAGCAGCACAUGGACAAUUACUACAAGUUCCGGCAGGCAUACGCCAAUGAUCGUCUAGUGUGGCUCCUGGCUCCGCUGGAGCCUUUGCUUCCUAGCCAUGCCGAACACGGAUGGUCACCGCAGCUAGUGGCCUUUUUGGUAGAAACGGACCCUGACGAUGAACGAGCCACCAACAUAAUAACGUUCGAGGGAGGCUGCUAUGCCCGCUAUUGCCAGGCACGAGUCCACGUCAACGAGCUUUUGACUGACCCGGCAAUCGCCUGCAUGCGCGAACAACUGACAUACUACGGUAACCUCUCCAAUGCGUUCGACCUGUACAUCCGUCCUAACGUGGCGUUGCUUCCGUUGCACCCGGACAUUGCUUACCGCAACUGGUACCAGCAGGUGCUUUGUUCGAAAGACACGAGUGAGGAGGUAGUGCAGGGAGUGUUGUGCGAACACAAGCACUUGAUCGACGAGCGGAUAGAAACCGACGCAAGUGCAGCUGUACAGUUAGAACAUGUAGCGCAACUAGGUAAACAGCGCAGCGAGGAUUGGUCUCAGAGACUGUCAAGUUUGCGUACCUCCUGGCGGCCUCAAGGCAGCUUGGCCUCAGUAUUGAAUGAAGACAUAAAUUUGCCUCAAACGCAAAAUCAGACAACCACGGACAGUGGCCUGUUCCUAGGUCGAUGCUACGUGACCACUAUGCAGAUCAUCGAGCUAACGCACUUGCUAUUGCAGGCUGAGAGAGGCUUUCUCAUGUCCCCUGUUGAUGGACGGUCAGUCGAACUCGACGAACUGUUCACGUUCGUGCGUCAUCUUCAAGUACGAUGUCAUGAGCUGACGGGGUACGCUUGGCCGCAGAUAACCGCGCCUUCCAUCACACUAGCCAUCAAUCGGGCGUAUACGGUGUACAAAGAGGUCCACCGGUUCCACGAGCAUACCACACAAUUCGUGCUACCGUUGUUAUCGAUCGCGGCCGAUCUUUUUCCGGUUGUGGAGCCUUGUGCCUUACUGCAGCUGGAUCAACGUUUAGAACAGUUGCUCGAACACAUCAUGAAUCCCCCAGACAAGACAUCGUCAGGCGAAAAGGUCUCUUUGGCGGGAAUUGAUCUGAAUGAGUCGUUAGCGCAGGUCGACGAACUUCAAUGGCAGUGGGACGAACAUAUUCGAGCUCUGCAAGAUCAGGCGAUGCGGCAGCAUGGAGAAACGACUGUCGGCUGCGAAGGAAUUACAGUGAUGGUAUUACUCAAGCAGUUGAACGACACGUUCGACCAAGUGAUGGAGCAGGGUACUGGUGAACCUCUGGCGGGGGACGAACUCAUUGACGACGAGCGAUUGUUGCGUAUCGUAGAUAUUUUCGUAUACGCAAUGAACCUUGGAAAUUCGGCAACGGUCCCAGCGAUGCAGACACUUCGUGCCAAACUAUGCAAUAUUGCUCGUUGCCAAGCGAUAGUUCAGUUUGUCCAAGGUGCCACGUACGCGGUGCUGCGAAAAGGGCUUCAGUACGACCCGGUUAAACUACUUGCCCCGCUUCGCACUUUUGUGGUGCGCUUCUUAAGACUUCAGCUCGCCGGACGGACAGCGAUGGCAGUAGCAGGUCUGUGUUACGCCGCCACGCAGGCCAUUAGCACGCAGCAUGCCUCGGAGUCGAUGGCACACCACCUGACUUCCCAGCACGGAGCUGUACACAUCGUAAUGGCGGAGUAUAGCUGUGAGCUGUAUGCGUUGCUAUUUGUCCACCAAGACCCAUCGUUUGCGGGCUCGAUUGUAUUAGCUAAAAAACACCUUCAGUCACUUGCUCCACUGGUCAUGCGCUACUACGAGCAGGUCUUCACCGAGGCGCAACAGUGCGUGUUGCGGCACGUCUGUUACCGAGCGGAGAGCGUGGUGGUGGGAGCGGAAGCCAUUGUUCAAGCAUGCACGUGGCUACAGGGGAUUAGCGAAGACUCAUCGGCAUGUAGUCGAGCAGGUUUCUUACGACUGCUAGAAGAGAACGUAGUAAAACUGACGCGGCUCGGAUCAUUACUGGUCGAGGGGACAGCCGCCACCUUCACCGUCUGCACCGAUGAGAUGUGCCGCCAACUCGCCUGGGCGGCGGCCAUUCACCCGCCACUUUGUCACCCGGACAUCGUCACUAACUUCCAGCACCACACUGUUCAGCAGGUUCGGACGCUCGAACGCUUUCGCAUUACCAUCGAUCAACUCACUCGCCAUGCCAGCGCUGUCUUGCGGUUCGAACAGGUGCGGAAUGUCUUCAGCGAAGCCGUACGGAAAGUGUCUGCCAAGUUCCGCUGUCUGAUGGAGGGCCAUCAAAAACUACAGUCAAAGGAGGUGGCGUGCGCAACGCUCGUGUCGCACACGGAAGAGGCGUUAGUCGAGCUUCUGGAUCCUGAAGGGGUGAUCGACCACACGUGGAUAAGCAACGUACGAGCCCUGGUCGAUGAAAUGAAUGACCAACUUCUAACAAAAAUAGACAGGCUAACGCAAAAUGAAAACACGCUUCAAGACGCCCUCUACAUCGGAGGCCACAAGCUGCGCAACGCGGUGACGACACACGAGACCAUCGCCGGCGACAUCAGGUCUCUGCUGAAAACGCAGCUGAGGUUCAGUGAGUCAUUAGCGCUGCGCGAGUACUUGCAACACUACAAGCGUUUCUUGGAGCUGCUCACUGAGGUGUGCUUCGUGACACUGAGCAAGGAUUACACGGACGUCCUAGUCGAUCGCGUGAUGUUGAACAUACAAGAAAUAAUCGUUCUUCUGCCUGUCGUGUUUGAGCAACUGUUUCAGUUUGAUUGGCCGGAUGACCAUGAGGGUGAAGCAGUCAAAGCCAUUAACGUUUUGCCGCUUACAGCAUCGUCCACAGCGGAGAGAAGCGCAGACGCAGGUACAGGGGCAGACGUUGGCACAAACCGACAUGUCCAAAAGGACAUACGGCGGCGGGAGCAAAAGCGUAAUACACACGCCGUUUCGGUGUGGCGCCGUAUCCGUAUGAAGCUUGAGGGGCUUGACCCCAACCCAAACAGGAGAUUCGGUGUUUCAGAACAAGUUAACUGGAUGAUACAGCAAGCAAUGGACCCUAGCAACCUGGCUGUGCUAUAUGAAGGCUGGACACCCUGGGUUUAGUUAGAUGGUUUCUCAAUACAAGAUAUCUAGUUUUGUGGUAAAUGUUUUGGAUAAACGAAAUGGUUGUUUGCUAGACAAGAUAGUGGAAAUUUCAAUUUGAAUAUAAUAUAAUAAUACUAGGUCACCCCGUAAAUUUCGUUCGCAAUAAAUUGUAUGAUUUUGGAACAUCAGCAAAAGAUUGUUGGAAAUACAAAAUACAAAAUACAAGGCCAAAACUGACGAAACUGUUUUAAGCCGUCUUCACACCAAAAUGAACUGAACGUAACGUAGCGAACGACGCGUUGUUUCAUAUGGGAUUCUUUGCGACCCUUCACACCGCCGUCGACGAAAACUUUGUACGGCAACGACGAAUCUGUAUGAAAAGACAACGCUCCGUUUGUGUCGCCUAAAAACUUUGGCCAAGGUUCGUAUACUUGGUUUUUGGGUGAGAGGGGCGAAAUUGUUUGACAGUUUGCUUCUGUUUUGUUUUGUUUCACGAAAUUAAAAUUGAUGUUAGUUUGAAAUAAAAUAAAGUAUUUCUGUUGUAGUCGGGUAUAAAAUGACAUUAAAUAUGAAACACUUAAAAAAGAUUAUUUGAAUUAUAAUUUUAAUUAUAAGGCAUCCCGGGAUGAUAAUAUAGGGAUCGAUCGCUUAGCUUGAGUAACCGCGUGAACAUCUCCACUUAUUUUCAGAAACAGUAUUACGUACCAAUGAAUGAUUGAAGUAACAGUUGGUUCUACGAGCUUGGAUCGUUUUAACAGUACGAUGACUAGUACAAACCAACGCGAGUUAUUAUUCUCUGGUGUAACUUGGUAGAGCAAACAUUUCGGUAAGACGCGAGUUAGCAACGCUCGCUGUCUCAACGGUCAGCCAACGGAUUUUUCCUUUUUUUGUUGGUUUCAUGUACCCACCAACGUCUCGUUGAUAACAAAACGGCACUAAUAAGCACUACUGCCCCAUCAUCCAUUUCAUUUACCAUAUUGACACGUAAAACAACGAUGUAA